AUGCGACCUGACUCCCACAUAAAGACGGUAGGCUACAUGAAUCUCACGUUUACUAGAGUACCACAGAAGCCACAUGGAGGAAGAGCUGAAGAACACGCUUUGCACUCACACGAGGAAUGUCUAUUCCAUACCUGUGAUGGGUGAUAGAGGAUGGGUUCAAGUUUGGUGCAUGUGUUGGCGGGGAGCUGUGUUGUGGUGCUGUCUGAUCUGCAGCGGCUUACCGCGAUUUUCUCGGAGACGCACGUCACCGAGUCAGGCCUGGCGGUGACUGAAUGCGCGCUGGCAGUGUGGGUAGCUGAGGCGGUUGUGGCAGAUGUGUAUCGAUGCAACAGGCGCUCGUUCGCCGGCCCUAAUACCAUAGAUUCGCGAGUGACCGAUCAGACCAGUGCGUGAUGUGAAGGUGCGGUCGUAAUGAGGAGAGGCCGGGGUCAAAUCAUCACUGUCGAUAGUGCGGAUGGUGGCGGUUGACGGGCCGUCGGCAGGGUUCUUGCUGGUGGUCGUCGUUGCUGUGGAGCUUGUGACUGUGAUGGGCGUGACGGUAGGCUAUUGGGAGUGUGCCCGCCGGUGAUGAUGAUGAUGAUGAUGUUGUUGUUGUUGUUGUUGUUGUUGAUGAUGAUGAUGAUGAUGAGGAUGAUGAUGAUGAUGAUGAUGAUGAUGAUGAUGAUGAUGAUGAUGAUGAUGAUGAUGAUGAUGAUGAUGAUGAUGGGCUUCAUCGUCGCCGUCUUAAGCGCCGUGGGGUUUGCAGCAGGUAAGGCGAUAAAGGUGUUUACGGAGGCAGUAAGUGAAUUUGUCGUAUCCCCACUACGUUGAGUCCGGGGAUGUCCAACAAAGCUGAUCCACGUCUAAACCACCCAGUCCUGAUGGGCUUGUCAGGCGAAGUCCCAACAGCGAAACAGAAGCAGUGGCCUACAGGACCGGAACGAACACCCUACGGUUUCUCAGAUUUCACUUCAAUCACCUGGUCGCUCACAAAAGAAGUUGUGUGAGAAACUUCUUUAAAUGGACUGAAAUUGAUUUUGCUAUUUGCCUGUAACUGUUGUAUUUAUGGUGGCACCGUUCUACGCUAGUGAAUGUUAAAAUACAUCAAGGGUUGGAUAUUUCGAGGGUUUUUUUUAAACACUUGAAGGAUACGUCUUGGUACCGUGGUUGGAUACCUGCUUUAGUAAUUUACUUAAGUACUCGUGGUUUGGUGCAGAGCAUAUUUUCUCCAGAAUUCCUGGAUUUUAUGUUGACAACGGAGUUAGAAACUGCGAAUAACUAUUGGGAAUUAUGCAAGAAAUCCCGAGAGGGACACCAGGGAAUCAACAAAGAAGGUAAACCACAAAAUUUCGUCAUGCAUCAACAGGAAAUUGGUCAAGCACUCGUCGCGCUUUUUAACCGGCAUCUCCGUUACUGAUAUACGAUUAGGAGUUGUAUAGACUUAGGAAGCACACUCUUCCCACAUCCACACUGUUGACCAUUAUGCGACUUUUUUCAGCGUAGUUGGCGACAUUCAGUUUCCCUACUUGUACCAAGCUAGGGCCAAACAAAAAUGAAAUCUUUCGAUAAAACGAAUCUUACUAGGCUGAAAAUGUCUGGGCAAUAAAUAAACAAUUAGUCACUUCCUUCUGAAAUUUCCAGGCGCGAAAGAGAAAUUACGGAUUUAUUGCCCUUUAUGUUCGGUGACAUCACUGUUUGAGGAAGAAACACCUUCAAGGCCCGGUGAAGCUCAUUUCGAAACGCAGGUCAUAUAGGCCUGCUGGUGGUUAUGUCUAGCUAACGACAUCUAAUAAGGCAGAAAUAGCCAUCCCCGUCCCCCUUGUCUUUUUCGGCACUCUUUUCUGCAGUAAAAGUCGUCUGCUCUCUGGAUAGGCCGCCGUCCGCUGACCGGUUACCCCACAACCGGCGGAACGGCCUGUUGAAUGUCUUUUAAUGUGCAGCCUACUCGAAGGCUUCUUAAAAGGGUCUGCCGUGCUUGAAGAUUAGCGAUAUGAAAAAGAAAGGAAGAAGAAGACUCGUCGACCGCCGAAACAACUUAUUCAUUUAUCCGAGCUUUCGAGCUGGCACUGGAGUCUAUUGCCUGAGAUAAAAGCAGUAACUGAGCAGGCGGCGGUUAUAGGGGUUAUAAGCCAAUCAAACACCAGUGAUGCCAAUCCAGAGGUAACCAUGCAAGGCUCUGUACGUCGACGCCAAAUCGAUACAGCGGUUGAUGGAGUUUUUACCCAAGGCCCAGGCUUCAGUCGGUUCGCGACAGGCCUUGCUUCUAGUGGGGACGAUUAUCUUUUGUAGCUGCGAAGCUAAACUCGGGAACCCGUGCGUAGGUGUGGGCAGCGACUUAUGAUAAUGCGUCGCCCUGUCGUACAGCCACCUUAUAUUUAUCUAUGCGCGAUCCCAGCAUGAGUUAAGUCUGACCUAUGUUGCUACAGGGACAGUUUUGGCACGGGAUGCGAUACGCUACCUCAGAUUGUUCUUUAGGAUUAAACCGGUCUUUAGUUUUCAUGACGUUGAUGUGCAUGCUGAGUUUGGGCUGGUGUGAAUGGGAUCACGCGUACGCGAACAUAAGCUGGCUGUGUGACGGGGUGACGAAUUAUCAAAAGUGGCUACCCACACUUACGAAACGGGUAAUGAGUUCAACUUCGCAGCCGCCAGGAUAAUGGCCAACGCCGGACACAAAACAGGCCGCGCAUCGAUUGAGUUCUGGGCCUCAGAUAAGAACUCAGUCAAUCGAUUUAUCGAUCUGUCACCGGCGUACAGGGCCAGCGCAGUCACCUCCAGAUCUGCGCCAGCGAUCGAUGGUUGGGUAACGAACCCUUUAAUUGUCGCGCGUCCUGUUGUUACUACUACCUCUGACGAUGGACUCCAGCACGAGUUCGAAAGCCCAGAACAGCAUACAGUCUGGUCCGUUAUCCGACUAGGCUUCUUCUGUACUUCUACAUACGCUUUGAACUCGAACUUUCGCCUGCAUUCUUCAUUAAUUCAAUAUCUUCGGGCGUUUGAUGGAGGUAGGGAGGGAGUGGCAGAAGUGGCUGAUAUAAAAAGACGCAUUAUUGAGCGGGCUUCCGACCUGAGUGCCAUGGAUAUCAACGAAAGGAAAACAAAGAUGUAUUGUUUUCUGUCCGACAUGACAUUUAACGGAUUCAUGACUUCACUUGCAGCAGUUUAUCUAAGAGGCGUGGACAUAGAAGAGCUGAUUGAUAGUCGAAUAAAAAAGCAUUGGAGAGUGUACAUAUAUGAUUAAUAAAAAGUGUCAAAAGUACGCAAGUAAUUCCACAUCACAGGAUAGACUAUAAAGCGACAUAAACUUAACGUUCUCCCAGUGUUUAGAAAAUUAAAAAAGACAGACACCACACAAUGACCAUAUUCGUUAGACAGGGUCAAAACGUCUUUUGGUGGACAACUUGUGUGACAAAAAUAGGGGCACGAAUAUUACUGACUGUAAUAGGGGAAAUGAUUGCUCAUCUUCUUUUAUCGACGCCGAGCUGUACAAACAAGGUGUGUGUUUUGGCUAACGGUGUCGAAAUGUACCUGGAUCAUAAUGGCAGGUAGAUCAAGGCUGGAUAUUGGCAGGAAGAGACAUCUAAGAUUUCAAAAUAACGGUAAAAUUUGCAAGAGUUAGUACGCGCUUCGGAUUAUUAUAAAUAAAUGAGUGUGGAGAUAUGUGCGCAUCUGAUAUGCACUCUGCACAUGACAGACACUGAAGAGACGACAUAAGAGCAAAACAAACGAUUCUGAAAGAAGGUAUAGCUUCCAUGAGGUCAUUUAUAAGUCUUUUCUAUUCUAAACUGGGCUGACCGCCAGGGUGGAUAGCAAGUCCCAAGUGCCAGAACGUGCCAAAAUUUCCGCAAAAAACUGUAGUAUGGUCACGGACUAUUCAAGGGGCUCUAUAGAUCUGCACAUUGUUAACCCGCGGUGAAAACGUCGGGAGGUAAUGCAAGAGAGUACAUGAAAGAAGGGGGGGUGUUUAAGUAUCUUUUAGGUUAGAGAUACCUGAGAAGGAACCUUCAUACGGAAUCGAUAUUUGGAUGACGCCAUGUGUUUUAAUUUGAAACAAAAAUGGGAAAAACAUAAAUGAGGUGAGUAGAUUAGUAGAAUGGGAAAAUUAUUGUUUGACUCGAAUUUACUGUUGAGUGGAGAUGUAUAGGCAAUGCUCACAAUGCCUUUAAAGUCAGCAUGUCAGAAUCCGGUAAGAUUGACAAAAGGCUUACGAUAAAGGGGAAUCGAAUUCACGUAACCACACGCGUAGUCGACAGCAAUGCUGACUCAGACGUCAGCUGAUAGACGGUCUUUGGGCUGCGUGCUCAUAUUAUUCCGAGGCACGGAAGACCUAAGUUACUCGCUGUAAACCCUUCGAGUUUACAGAGAUACGGCCCUCGGGAAUGAGAUCUACGUGCACUUUCGCAUACGAAAGGUUAUUCAGAACAGAGUAUCAUGUUUACAUUUAGCGAGUAUCUCAGAAGUGCGUAGGGUGUAGGGGUGUCAGCGGUGGGUUCACGUAAUGGUCGUGGUGGUCGCUCACUUGCUUGCAGGUGAGACUGCGCCUAGCGUCCACUUGCUGGCACUCAACUCUCACCUGUGGCUCCACGUAGCUGGGCUCUGCUCAGCGGCCACACCCCGGGCAACCGUCUCGACCGGCGGGCUAAACCAGGUGAGGGGGCCCUGUGCGCUGUGCCGUGUGCACAGGGUUUGCGGAUUCCGCUGGAUGGAAGGUCGGAUGGAACCUUGCGUCGGCACCGUCGUGACGUGGUUCGUCUCUGCACGUUGCUUGACAGCCGGUGACGGGAUGGAUCUCCACAUCGACAUCGCCUUGACGCGCCCACCCUCGCCGACGGAGACCGCGGCUUACGGCGAAUUCGAGUCGCUCUCCACUACAACCCGAAGCCGUGGUCCCAUAGUGGAGUUCGGCCGUGCCACAACGGCACAUGGCAGCCCUAUUCAGGGAUGGCACUGCCAGCCCCCACGAGGGGAAGGGCCUAGAAAAGGUGGCCUAAACAUUGCUGGGUACCACGCCGUCUCCAGGCUAGCCAGGGCCGCAGACGUCUAA